AUGUGCUACUGCAGAUUAGCGGCGCGAGCGUCACCAGAGGACGAGGGGACGGUGGCGGCAGGGCUGGCUUCCAGGGCCUUUUGGCACGGCGGAGCUGAGGAGCAGCCCGCCGCCGGGCAGAGCUCUCACCAGCCUGUCCCGCGGUGCCUGUUAUCAGGCUGCCCACUGCUGCCAUCGCCUUCGGAGUGGGCCCUAGAUACCAAAGCCCUGGCGAUGGGCGUUUUGGUACAAUCGAAGUGGAUAACCGAGCAGUUUGUUACCUUCCCCACACUGCAGAUCUAUGACCAGGCAAAAACCUGGGGCUUGCAGCACGUGAAUUCACGUGCUGGGACCUACCCCCGCCCGCACGAGUACCUGGACGUCUCGGCGCUGCCCCCGAGCUGGGACUGGAGGAACGUCAACGGCAUCAACUACGCCAGCACCACUCGGAACCAGCACAUCCCCCAGUACUGCGGGUCCUGCUGGGCCCACGGCAGCACCAGCGCCUUGGCAGAUCGAAUCAACAUAAAGAGAAAAGGUGCAUGGCCUUCUGCCUACCUCUCUGUUCAGAAUGUGAUUGAUUGUGCUGACGCGGGAUCCUGUGAAGGCGGCGACCACUCAGGUGUCUGGAUGUAUGCCCAUGACCACGGCAUUCCAGAUGAGACCUGCAACAACUACCAAGCGAAGGAUCAAAAGUGUAAGAAGUUUAACCAGUGUGGAACUUGUGUCACUUUUGGAGAAUGCCAUGUGAUAAAGAACUACACUCUCUGGAAAGUUGCUGACUACGGGUCUGUCGCGGGAAGAGAAAAAAUGAUGGCAGAAAUCUAUACUAAUGGACCAAUUAGCUGCGGCAUAAUGGCUACUGAAAAGUUGGAUGCUUACACUGGAGGACUUUAUACAGAGUACAACCCCUCGCCUGUGGUGAAUCACAUUGUAUCUGUGGCUGGCUGGGGUGUAGAAAAUGGAGUAGAAUACUGGAUUGUUCGUAACUCAUGGGGUGAACCCUGGGGUGAAAGAGGGUGGCUGAGAAUUGUGACAAGCGCGUACAAAGGUGGAAAAGGAGCACAGUACAACCUUGCUAUUGAAGAGGACUGUGCAUAUGGAGAUGUUGUACUUCCUUGAUUCUACAUUGUACAUCUUUCUGUUUCGGAAGUACUUUGUUUCAAAGCUUCCCAGAACCACCUUUCUCUGUUUAAAGGAUUGCAGUCUAAAACUCUUUUACAGUUCAACACCAUCAGGCAGCUCUGCAAAAUUAGCCCAG